GUCGUCUCUGCGUUUACCCUUAUCGAGAUCAACAAGGCAAGUAGCAGUAACAGUGAGAGCAGAGAGCAUGGCCACCGAGAAACUGGGAAUCAAGGUUGAGAAGAAUCCUCCCGAGUCCAAGUUGUCUCAACUCGGCGUGAGACAAUGGCCCAAGUGGGGUUGCCCUCCAAGUAAAUUUCCAUGGACAUAUGAGUCUAAGGAGACCUGUUAUCUGCUAAAGGGCAAAGUAAAGGUUUCCCCUGAUGGAACGAAUGAUUUUGUUGAGUUUGGUGCUGGUGACUUGGUUGAGUUCCCAAAAGGAAUGAGUUGCACUUGGGAUGUUUCAGUGGCCGUGGACAAGCACUACAAAUUUGAUUGACGGUAUCACCUAGGUCUUUAGUCCCCUUUUCUACAAUUAAAUAAAUGCAUGAAUUAUGAGAAUAUGUAUCAUUUGAACUUGGUUUAAUUACAAAAUCUCUGAGCUAGCUUCUUGAAUUUUGUUGACUAAAUUUCUCUUUUAUUCUCUCGACAUACAUCUAUAUCCUGUCUGCGAGUGUCGACAGGUUCUGAGAAAUGGUAUGCACAGGUUGAGCUAAAAGUA